AUGAGUGAUACAAGUAUUAUCUCAACAAGAUCUUCAUACGAUGAUGGAAAUAUUAGAAAGAAAAAUUCUAAUCAUCAUUCUUCAUCCUGUAAUCGAUAUUGGUUUCAUAUAUUUCUUAUUUUACUAUUAUUAAUUAUUUUUACAACAUCAUCUAUUCUAAUAUAUAUUUUAUAUAAACAAUCACAACGUAAUCAAGAACGUCGACGUAUUCAAAAUGAAUUUAAACAAAGACAUGGUGUUGCAAAUAAAGUUUUAGAUUUAGUUACAAAAGAUGGUCUUGUUGCAAAAUGGUUGAAAACACAUCAAGGUUCAAUAAUAACGACUUUUAGAGAAUUAAUGACAGAUAUGGUAGAAACAGUUUUUGAUGAAUAG